AUGAGGCUCCUCGACAUCACCAUGAGCACUAUCUUAGCCACUUGCUAUCUCUUCGGACUGGCAAGCGGCUUUGUGGCAGAUUUGUCUCUUCUUGCCUUCGCAGGCACUCCGGUUGGACAGGUAAUCAACUUCAACGGGCUGGACAUAUACGUAUCCAAGCCGAAGGAACAGCCAGGUAGCAAUGGCAUGCCCGUUCAACCCAAACCAACGGUCGGCAUCGUCCACUUGACAGACGUGUUCGGAAUUCAGUCAACGGAGAACAAACUUCUCACAGACAGUUUCGCGCGCGCUGGCUAUGUCACAAUUAUGCCCGACCUCUUCAAUGGAAAGCCACGAUCCGAGGAUCCAAAGUCCGGCUUCAACGCAACCGAGUUCUUCGGAUCGCACGGACCGAGCGUCACUGAUCCUAUCGUCACGACGGCACUCUCAUAUAUGCGCGACCAGAUGGGUGUGUCAAAGAUUGCAACUGUGGGAUAUUGUUUCGGCGGCCGGUACGCAUUCCGUGCGCUGGGAUUCCCUCAAGGCAAGGCGGUGAAUGCGGCAUUCGCUGCUCACCCGACUUUGCUAGGUGAUGAUGAGAUCAAAGCAAUAUCAGGCCCCGCUAGCUUGGCCAUCGCUGAAAAGGACACGGGUAUGAAAAUACAAAGAAGGGUUGAAAUUGAAAUGGCUAUGGCACGCACUGGUCAGCCGUGGACUAUGAACUUGUACGGGGGUGUUCCGCAUGGAUUUGCAACCCAUCCCAAUCUUGAUGUACCUGUGGAAAAGGCUGGCAAGGAGGAUGCAGUUAUCGUCGUUGCUGGCUCUGCCUCAGGUAUGGGGCUCGCUACCUCGAAGACUCUCAUCUCAAAAGGGGCAAAGGUCGCAAUGUGUGACUUGAACGGCAAAGGUCUCGAAAAUUUCAGAAACGAGUUGGAUCCCGAGAUUCAAAGCCGAGUCCUCGUGAAGUCUGUCGAUGUCAUCAGUCGCCAAGGCGUCAAGAGCUUCUUGGCAGAGACCAUGGCACACUUUGGAAAGAUUGACGGUGUUGUCAACUUCGCAGGCACUGGUGGCCAUGAACUUGGAACCCAAUCCAUCUGGGAAACAAGCGACGAAGAGUUCCAGUUCAUCAUUGACCUCAACAUCAAAGGGGCAUUCAACUUCCUCGCUGAGUCACUCAAACCCGACGUGUUGACCGAUGGCGGGAGCUUUGUUCAUGUUGGGAGUAUGUUCUCAACUCAGGGGUUUCUUAGAGGUGCUGUCUUUGCUGGUUCCAAACAUGCCUCAUUAGGAAUGGUGCGGAGUGCAGCCAAGGAGGUCGGAGGUAGAGCCAGAGUCAAUUGUGUGUUACCUGGCGCGAUCGAUACUCCAAUGCAUCGGGCCAAUCUUGAGAGGGUACGAGACUUCCCUGCGCCGACAUUGGUUGGCGGUGCGCAAGAAGUUGCAGACGUCACAGUUUUCCUCCUUAGUGACAAGAGCACUUUUGUCAAUGGCGCUGCCUGGAGUGUUGAUGGCGGCGCUGGGCUUUAA